GGCAUUUUCUUAUGCUAAGCUGACAUUUUUAGGAGGGUGGAGAUUUAUUUCAGUUUGCCUUUUAUCUGCUUUUAAGUUUUGUAAAUUUAUCACCAAAGGAAUUUGGUGGUAAACUACAGAAGUGUUAGUGACUGUGUAAGCCAAGGCAUGGGUUAAAAAGAACACAUGGUAAAAGCAGGAUGUGGGAAGGCCUUCUUUUUACUGGCAACUAAGUGUUGUUCCAAAAUAUAAUGGCAACUGUACAACCAACCAGUCCACUUGUUUAAAGAACUUUAGUGAGACUCACUUGACAGUAGAUGAAGCAGUGUAUCAGCUAUUACAAAGUACAAAGUAAUCAGCUCAACACUAGUACUAUCCAGUCUGCUCACAUGAGAUAAAGAUGCCCUAUCUCCCACAGAAGAAAAAUACGUAAUUUUUUUCACCUUGUUUAGGCUUCAGAUGAAAACAGGAAGUGACUUAGAACCUCUUUCAGUCAAACUUAUUUCUGUCAAGGGGCAAGACAUUCCUUGACAGCCCAGAGGGUGUUCACCCCAGUACAUUCAUUUGGUUAAGAGGAGGUAAUACAAGCAGGGAUGGGAAAAAAAGGUGGCAACUAAAUUUCAGGUACAGAAGAAUCUUUGCAGUUACGAGAAGAGGAGUCACCUUCAGCUACUGGUUGAGGUAAUGACUGCCUCAUCCCCAACGGUCAAUCUAGGAUUUAGCCACUAAAUUUCUACAGGGGUCGUAAGAAAUUAAGAUGUUUCUCUAGAAAGUGUCUCUGUCAUGAGGACUCAAGAGUAGAUAUGUGGUGUGGAGAGGCUGAAUGGUUUUCUGGUUCCAGAAUAUAUUUUAAUACAUAUUUACAAGAGGUUUUUAUGAAGGAUUUUUAUUUUUAGAUGGGAUACUGUAACUGUCCCCUGUUCUCAGGCCUAUUGGCAGUUUCCUUGAACUAUCCAGUUUCUCAUCUGUUGCUUUUUCACUUUGUAUACUGCAGGUUCCCAAGCAACUCUCAAAUUUGUAAACACGGCUAUGGACACACUAUUUGCUUUAACAGUAGUUACCUGGAAAUUUAGGUCUCUGUUUCUGUUAUUUUCCCUUCCCCUGGAUUUCUUAAUCAUAUAUAACUAACAUUGUGGUUAAGGUUGAUUUACAGGUUCCUAAGACUGUGUCUGAUGGUUUGUGGCCUUCACUUGGAAGCAAGAGAAGAAUGAGUGGUCAGGAACUGGUCACUUUGAACGUGGGAGGGAAGGUAUUCACCACACGGUCUUCCACCUUACAGCAAUUUCCUGGCUCUCGGUUGAUGAGAAUGUUAGAUGGCAGAGACAAAGAAUUCAAGAUGGUUGAUGGCCAGAUUUUUGUGGACAGAGAUGGUGUUUUAUUUAGUUUCAUCUUAGAUUUUUUGAGAACUCGGCAACUUCUACUACCCACUGACUUUUCAGACCAUCUUAGACUUCAGAGAGAGGCUCUAUUCUAUGAAGUCAAUCCUCUGGUGGACCUCUUAAGCCAAGAACACAUGUUACAGCCAAGACCUGCUCUUGUGGAGGUACAUUUACUAAGCCGAAAUACUCAGGCUUUCUUCAGGGUGUUUGGCUCUUGCAGCAAAACAAUUGAGAUGCUAACUGGGAGGAUUACAGUGUUUAUAGAACAACCUUCUGCACCAGCCUCAAGUAGUAACUCUUUCCCUCAGAUGACCUUACUUCCACUGCCUCCACAAAGACCAUCUUACCAUGACCUGGUUUUCCAGUGCGGCUCUGACAGCACUACUGAUAACCAAACAAGAAUCAGGUAUGUCUCCAUAAAACCUGAUAACCGAAAACUGGCCAACGGAACUAAUGUUCUUGGCUUACUGAUUGACACUUUACUGAUGGAAGGCUUCCAUCUGGUCGGCACCAGAACAGUAUCCUCUGAAGACAGAACUGAAUGCUAUAGUUUCGAAAGGAUAAAAAAGCCUGACGCUCUUGCCAUGAACAAAACACUGAAAUCAGAGACUACCCUCAUACCAGAGCAAUAGCCAUCUUCCUGUUUGGAAAUUCCAUAUAUAGGGAACAUAUGUUAGUCAAAUAUGUGCUCAGUCUAUCUUUCUGGCCUUCCACCAUGCCAUCUUUGGGCAAGCGUACCUUAAUGCUCAAGCCACACUGACUACUUGCUGCUCUCUAACAACAUGGUGCAGUUGGU